AACGUUCCUCCGCAAAUCACUUGAACGUUGCUCAGGGGAGAGCAGGGGAGAGGGUGCACACUGGGAGGAGCGUCCUGCUCAAGGGGUUGGUCCGGGGGUGCGGCGUUGAAGUCUCCACCAUAGCACGCGGCGGCGAAAGGGAUGCUCAGCUUUGGAUUUUUUUGUCAGUCGGUUGGCAUGUCUCGUUCGUUCUUCGUCGACUCGCUGAUUCAGCAGCAACACAGCGCACAGCAGCGGCCCCCGCGAGGCUUUGGCCUCGAGCUGCUGCCCCGUGUGCUGCCCCCCGACCCCGACAACGGCCAGUACCUGCUGUUCGCGGCCGCGGCGGCCGCGGCCGCUGCAGGGGCGCCGCCGGCGUUCUACUACCCCUCUGCAGGGCAUCCCGCCUUUGCGCCCAACACUUGGUCCAUGUCCUCUGCCACGCAACAGUCAUCUUUGAACCCCUUCAGUCCUUCCAUUCCUAGAUUGGGUCUGCGACACACGGAACCAGGAACGCCUGCUGCUCUCAGUCCUGAAUCCAUUGGCACUCCAGAUAUUAAAACGCCUUCAACAGAAUCUGCGAGUGUGAGUCCAGCACCAAUGUCCCCAGCGAGCAAUUCCUCAAAAUCGGAGCAGACGAACGACCUUGCCAGCAGCAAAAGGGUGCGAACUGCUUUUUCCAGCACUCAGCUGCUUGAGCUCGAACGCGAAUUCGCAGCAAACAUGUACCUGUCGAGGCUGAGACGGAUAGAGAUCGCCACCUGUUUACAACUGUCAGAAAAACAGGUUAAAAUUUGGUUUCAAAAUCGCCGAGUGAAGCAGAAGAAGGACGAGAGCGGGUGCGCGUGGCCAGCGGCGGCUGGAGCCAGGACGCCAACCUGCUGCUGUCUGCGCGUUUCGUGUCCCUCAAAGGGCCACCCUGACCAGCAGAUGAGCACCUCGUCCUCACCCAUCGCCAAAGAGGCCAGCAAGAGAAGGGCCGAUGAACAGACAGAGGAGCAGAGCGAGCCGGAAAGUCCAGUAGGCAGAAAAGCUAGGAAGAUUUGGCGGCAGCACGACGAAGUGGACGAGGCCAGUUAA